CGGUCUGCAGUCAGUCUAAUGCGCUGCGCUGCGCAAUAACCCAGCAGAACCACCUGUGCGGCUCCGGUGAUGCUCCUCUCGUCCUGUGGGAAUGUCUGAAUGAGGACGAACAAUCCCUCUUUUAUGUGAUUGCAUUUGUGCGCCUUUUCGUGGAGUAUCGCAACAUGGACUAAUUGCAUUAUCCACCAUGGGAUUAUUACAGUUGUUUGUUGGAUUAUUUUACGCGGCGGCAGUCGCUGCGUUCGGAGUGGAUCCGGCGGUUCGGAUCAGCGUUUUCCAAGAGUUCAGUCCUGGAGAAGGGUUUUCCGGCGUGACACAGGUGCAAGGUUUCCGUGACGACACGAGAGCGUUCCUCUUCCAAGGCUUGUCCCGGAGCGUGAGGGUCUCAGACGCCGCCGCGGACCGCAUUUUCUACAGGCUGCUGGAGCUGGAGAGCAGCGGACAGAAGAGCGAAGUGCGUCUUCAUUUCCAGACCAAAGGCCAGCAGACGUACACAGAGAUCUUCCCUUACAUGCUCGCCGACAACCAAUGGCACAAAGUCUCCGUCUCCAUCAGCGCUUCACAUGUGGCGCUCUAUGUCGACUGCAAUAAGAUCUACGAGCGAGUGGUUGCAGUUCCUCUGAUGGAGAUCCCAGAAGACACGUCGUUCUGGGUCGGACAGAGAAACAGCGCUCAUGGCUUAUUCAAGGGAGUGAUGCAAGAUGUUCAGAUCCUUGUAAUGCCUCAAGGAUACAUCACGCAAUGCCCCGACCUCAACCGCACCUGUCCAACCUGCAACGACUUCCACGGACUCGUGCAGAAGAUCAUGGAGCUGCAGGACAUCUUGGCCAAAACGUCGAGCAAGCUGUCUCUGGCCGAGGACAAGAUGAAGGGUCUGGACUCCUGUUACUGCGAGAGGACGUGUCAUGUGAAGGGAGUGACCUACAGAGAGGAGCAGACGUGGACCUACGGCUGCAAGAACUGCACGUGCUCGAAUGGAACGGUCCGCUGUGAGAAGAUUCUGUGCCCCCUGCUUGUGUGUCCUGAUGGUACGACCCCAGCGUAUGUGACAGGAACCUGCUGCAAAGAGUGCCAGUUGAUGUGCUUGUUUUCGGGGCAGACGCUGGUGGAAGGACAACGCUGUGCUGUUCACGAUCCCACCGCGGGACUCUGCCAGCUGUUUGAAUGCAAGGAUCGCACGAUGCAUAGAGUUACGAACCCUGAAGACUGUCCGCAGCUCACCUGCGCUGAAUCUGACCAGAUCACACUGACAGACAGAUGCUGCAAAGUCUGCAGAGGUCACGACUUCUGUGCGGAGGACAACAUCUGUGCGGAGAACUCGGCCUGCGUGAACUUAGACGCCGGCGCCAGCUGCAGCUGCAAGAACGGCUUCCGGCUGCUGCGUGAGGACAGCGUCUACUGCGAAGAUAUCGAUGAGUGUGUGGAGGGGAGGCACUACUGCCGUGAGAACACACAGUGUGUGAACACCGCCGGCUCCUUCAUGUGCAUCUGCCACACCGGAUUCAUCCGCAUCGACGAUUACUCCUGUACAGAGCAUGAUGAGUGUGUGUCCGGUCAGCACAGCUGCGAUGAGAACGCUCUGUGUUUCAACACCGUCGGCGGCCACAGCUGCUCCUGCAAACCCGGAUACACCGGCAACGGCACCGACUGUAGAGCGCUCUGUGAUGGCCGCUGUCUGAACGGCGGCUCCUGCGCAUCUCCCAACAUCUGUGUGUGUCCGCAGGGCUUCAGCGGGCAGAACUGCGAGACGGAUAUCGACGAGUGCUCGGAGGGUUUGGUUCAGUGUGACACACACGCCAUCUGUGUGAACUUACCUGGUUGGUAUCACUGCGAGUGUCGUGACGGUUACCAUGACAACGAGGUGUACACCGCCAAUGGAGAGUCCUGUAAAGACAUGGACGAGUGUGUGACGGGCCACAGCAGCUGCGCUAACGACACGGUCUGCUUUAAUCUGGACGGAGGCUACGACUGCCGCUGCCCUCACGGACACAACUGCAGCGGAGACUGCGUCCACGACGGCAAGCUCAAGCACCACGCACAGAUCUGGCUGCUGGACAGCGACCGAUGCUCCGUCUGCUCCUGUCAGUCGGGCCGUGUCCAGUGCAGACGGAUGGUGUGUGACUGUGAUAACCCCUCGCUGGAUCUGUUCUGCUGUCCGGAGUGUGACCCGCGCCUCACGUCUCAGUGUCUGCAUCAGAACGGCCUGCUGACCUUCUCCAGCGGAGACUCCUGGAUCCACAGCUGCCAGCGCUGCCAGUGUCUGCAGGGUGAGGUGGACUGCUGGCCUCUGUCCUGCCCGCCGGUGGACUGUGUCUUCACGCUGGUGCCCGAGGGAGAGUGCUGCCCGCGCUGCGUCUCAGACCCGUGCCAAGCUCAGGCCGUCCACAACGACAUCACCAAGACCUGCGAGGACAAGCACGGGAUCACACGCUUCAGCGGAUCGUCCUGGAUCAAACACGGCACCGACUGCACACUGUGCCAGUGCAAGAACGGACACAUCUGUUGCUCAGUGGAUCCCAUGUGUCUUUAGUCUCUGCGUCGACGCUAACAGCACCUGUACAGUCUCACGGCCCUCCCUCCACGACCUUCCCCAAAUAAUGCCAAAUAUGAAUCGUGUAUAAUAUCAGACAGACGCCAGCGUACCUGAGGAGGCCAUUUCUGCACAAACAAGGACUAUAAACCCAUCGAAACACGACCACGCACACGCCGGCAUGACCACACUGGAUGUUUAAAGAAUAAAACAUUCAUUUUUAUCUCUUCGAUGAUCACAGGAUGUAGACAUUUUAGCUAGUAAGUAAAUCUUAUCCUAUUUCUCUUUUGCCUGGUUAUGGAAGUCGAUGCUAUUUUGUUGGUGUUUUCACCGCACUUUUUUCGAUUAGCUUUCUGUGUCUGUUUUUCCGUCUAGGUUUUAAAUUAUUAUAUGGCUUGUUCUUGUCUGAUGGUGAAUAAAAUAUCUUCAUUUCCAUUUAU